AAACAAGUGAAUACACGCGCUGUAGGUGAUCGCAAGUGAAUGCAAAUCUACGGUGACUGGGCGAGUGAGGGGCAGCAAGUGCAGAAGCGUGGCUGGAAGCUGGCGGAAAGCUCCCCUUGGGUGAUGCCACUCGGGCGGGGGAGCGGAAAGGCAAUUAUAGUACCAGGACUUGUCAUGAAGUGAAUGCAUAAUUGAAUAAGGAGGGUUGCCUCCCUCCAUGCACGGAGCAGGGCAGUAAAAACUCUGUGCUAGUGCAGUGACAUGGAAGGAUCUUGUGCCAGGAAUCACGCAUCGGGCACCAAAUAUUGAAUUGAAAGGAGGUCCUGAACACUUACAAUACCAAAUUGGAAAUGUACGAGACCCGCAAAAUGCAGGAACAAUCACCGGACCGCAGGACGGUGGUCCACGAGAAUGAAUCUCUAAAGCAGAAGAUUUUGCAAAUUGAGAUGCAAAAUGUCGCUCAGCAAAGGCGGCUGCAGCAGUUGGAGAAGAUGGUGAUGGAGCUCAGUCGCAUGAAGUCCCCGAAGGACGUUCUGGACACGCCGCACAUGACGCCCUUCCGAGAACCCACCGAAGAUGGUAGCAAGACAGACAGAGCGCAAGAAGGAAGAGUCAGGGACACCUCACCUGGGACUCGGGGGAGGGAAGGCGCAGGCGGCGGCAGCGAGGAUGACCAUGCAGACGGCGGCAUGUCCGACAUCGUGGCGAACCUGAUGGACGAGUUCGACCGCACCGCCAGAGAGAACGGUCUGAUCUACGGGAUGACGCCGACGCGAAGCACUGCCGGUUCGGAGGACCAGUGCGACGACUUCACGCAAGGACGUCAAGCGGCGGAGGGAUCAAGGGAGCCUGACCUCCAUUUGGCAACUGAGGAUGGGUGUGAUGUGUCCCCCUCUCCACUACCAGCAUUCCUCACGCCUUUGUACCAGCACUCUGUUUCAAGCAAAGAUGAAAAGGGCUUCAGUGAUGAGCCUUUGGUAACACCUCGGUUAAGCCUCACCACACCUGUUCUUCUCACUGUUAAUGCACUGAAAGAGAUGGAGAGAAGCCAGAAUACUUGCCAAGAGCCAUUUCAUAGAGAAAAAAAUGUAUUUGCUAGUUUGUCUUCCCAUUCUCAAAGCUCAAAAGUCUCUCCAAUUAAGUCAAGAGAGAUCUUACCGUCAAAAACAUUCCCUGCAUUCUCAACUGUUAUCGGUAGUAAGACCAGUCCUUUUGCAAACCUUUUGCGUGGAUUACACCAUGCGUCCAACAAAACCCCAAUUGGAAGCUCCAACUCCGGAGAGGGUCACUUGUUGCAGGCAAACAGGAUGGCACAGCCUACUCCCAUGCAAAGACUGCCUUUGAGGUCUCAGAUUCCUGGAAGUCCCAUUAGCAUAACAAGUAGCAUCACAGGUCACGUUUUCAAGUGGAGCCAGUCAUUAACUUUACCCUUACUGUCACCGCUCCCUGAAAGCCAUUGUGGGGACAUCCAGGCACAAGGUGCUUCAGAUGACGAUUUCUUAACAGACUUGAUGUACAAUUUAGCAGAAAAGCAGGACCAAGAGGAGGCAUCGGAUGAGGAGGACUUGGUUGUGGAUGAGGUCGUCUCGCUGUCCAUGGUGGGCAAAGGCAGGCGGCAGCGCUCAGAGUCCCUUUGCUCGGUCUCUGGGCCGUGUGUGCCACCUGAUCUCCUCCUCAACACAUGUAAGGAUGAAAACUUAGACUCCAUUCAAGUGAAGGAAGAGGAUGUUUUAACAGAAAUUGCAGGUGUGUUUGAUGAUUCCACACUGCUAGCUGAUCAGCUAAUUGAAGCAGAUUUUAGCCAAGAGGAACUAAAUCAACUGGUCAAAGAGGAGGUGGUAUCCGACUCAAUGCUCUUGCCCAAGGAUACCAGUGCACCUGUCAUGCAAGACGAUGAUGACCUCCAGUACUUGAAUAUCUUACAAAAUGAGGCAUCUACCAUUAGUGAAAAUAGUGCUCUGGGUAAUUCUCAUAUGAAAAGCAAUAACACUGAGAAUGUAAGCAUCAAACCUGGGGAAGUGAAUUUGCCAGUUCCUGCAGAAGAGCCACUGAAAGGUUUGGAAAAAUCUAAAUCUGUGGCUGACCUAAGUGGACUUAAUGCACAGGUCAUUAGUGAGAAGGUGAAGUCAGUCCAGGCCUUGCAGGGCAAUCGGACAUUAAGCAUUGAUGGCAAGGAAGUUAAGCUGCCGGCCGGCUCGAUCAUUCUAGCCGUAGUAAAUGAGUCAGGAUCCCUUGUGCCCUUGCCACAGCUCCAGGUUACGCCACAGUCCCUGAACUCGUGCAGUGAAGACAGAGAGCCCAGAGAGAGGGCAGGAUGAGGAGAUCGAUAUUGAAACGGUGUCUGAGAAAACUCCAGUGUUGGAGGCAGGUGACCUGGACAGCCUCCUGGCACAGUUUGAGGCUUCUGAGGCAGUUAACAAGACCUCAGGUGAAGGGGCCAAGGAUGGCCCCAGCAGCGCUCCUGAGCAGGUGAAGGCCACCGGAGGGUCUGGACCACACAGCAGGGGGCCUUCUGUGCCAGGCAUUGUCCCCCUGGGCAUCUCCCCACAGUCCUCCCCCACCCACCAGAAGAUCAAGG